AAAAUAUAUUGUUUGUUACUAGUAGCAAAGGAUGCAAUCCUCUACCUCAUAAAGGCAGAGACUAGAAAAGCAUAGCUUAUCUAUCCCCACAGCAACCGAUUACAAGCACUCAAGCAGCAUGGCUUGUAUUACCACUGGCCAACUCUACCGCACAUCCGGUGCCACUUCCUCCGCACAUAAAUCCUCCUCACCUGGUUCCACCCCGCACUCGCUUUCAUUUACCACCAACAAUGAUCGCAUCAGUAGUUACAGACUCUUUGAGAACUCUGGCCACCGAAAUUUAAGGACUGUUCGAAACGCAACCUCUGGAAUUUCGCCAGUUACUGAAGAUGAUGAUGGAGUGUCUCUGGGAACCAUGAAACUGCCACCAGAUACCGACAUUGCUUUAUUCGAAACCUUGCUAUUCCAGUGGGCCAAUAGUCUUUGCCAAGGUGCUAAUCUUCCACUUCCAGUUCCUCUGAAGAUUGAUAAAAUUGCUGGUGGAGUUAGACUUGGCUUCAGCGUGAUUGGAGAUGAAAUUACUGAUGUUCCAGUGCAUAUAGAUUGCUUAGUUUAUCCCCCUACUGAUGGUGUCAUUCCAGUUUUCCGAGCUGUAAGAAAUGGACCAAAGAAAGAUCAAACAGCUCCUGGGGAGCAAAGGAUCAUGAAAAGCCUUCUAGCUGCCCUGAAAAAAUCAGUCGAAAUAGCCAGACUUUGAAGCAAGCCAUUAUGUUGGUUGUAAUAAUGCAUUUCCUCUGUAGUACUAUGGGGGUGUUCGGCAAAUCUUAUUUAUCAUAAAUAAGUACUUGUCUCCGGAAAAGGUACCUAUAGGUAUAGCUCUUUAGCAGUUUCAGUAAAUUUUGUUUCAAGCUGCAGAAACCCCAGCAAAAUAUACUGUAUUAAGUUGCUUUUCUUCAUAAAAAGCAAAAUGAAUGCAGAAACAAGUGUUCUUUUAAAUUAAAUGGGAAACUGAUUGAUGACUUUCCUAA